AUGGAGAGGAUUUCAUGGAACACGAAUCCAAACGCCCAAUUCUUUGGAGAAAAUCGGAUUUAAUAUUAUAUGGACUAAAUAUUAAUAAGGGUGUUUUAGGUAUUUUCUUCUGAUAACCCGGUAAGCACGAACGGGUCGGAUCUGAACCGGUCGUUCUUCCGGUUCAAACCGGGCCCCGGUCGGCAUCACGGUUCAAACCGGGAUCGUCCCCCUCCUGCUGUGCCCUAUAUAAACGCGGUCCGAAAGACGACGAAGACGCAGGAGAAAUCCGCGGGUUAGAGGGGGCGAGGUGGGGGGGGGUGGCUGUGAAGAGGGCCGGCGAUCAAGGGAGGAGAGGCAAGUGGAGAGCAGGGAUGUCGGGUGGAAAGCCGGACGAGCUCCCGCCGUCCAACGGCGACGUCAUCCCUGAGCUCGGCCGCCUUCGGGUCGACGAAGCCGACGCUAGUGUGAAGAUCUCUCAUCAUGUAUCAUCGAUUCCACCCCUUAUCCUAUUUCUUUGUGCAGAUAGGAAAGCUGUAGGGUUUUCUGCAAUAGGGCUCUCACUUUUUUUAUUGAAGAUUUUUAUUCUGCUAAUUACAAAAGAGAUGCGGAGAUACGUAUCGCUGUGCGCUUAUCUCUCUGUUAGCGUGCCCCUGGAGCAGAAACUGGGGAUAAUGGCCUGGGGUGAUCAUACGAGUCGUCUUCAUCCAGUACUUUACGUUAAUACAUAGCUUUGAAGUGGAAUUUUGGUUUGGAGGGCGAAGUGUAAUUUGAUCACGUGUUGCACCAACUCUCAUCACUUGUUAAUCGGCGUCAACUGGUUUUGUUUAUCACGGAUUUCUGACGGGAAGGGCACAUGGCUUCAUUUAGUAUGUCACCUUGGACAAAAAAAUUAACCAAUUAUGUAAGAUAUUUAAAAUUAAUUGAGGCUUUGCGUUCCCCGUGGAUCCUUUCUUUGGACGCAGUUAAAGGGGACUCAUGAGUACUGUAUUUCUUACACAUGAUCAUGGAUACGUAUAAAUGAAAUUUUCACUCGUGCGUGAUUAAAUUCGCCUUAGUUGGACCAAGUUUCUUUUUUGGCUGCUCGCUGAAAAUAGUUUGCUUCCAUAUAAUAUCACUGUAAACCUAUGUUGAAUGUGCAGGAAUCCGUUAAGGUUAACGGAAAGGAAGCACCUGUUGAUAUUAAGUUGAAUGGCAAAGAUAAGGAUGUUGAGUCUCUCUCGGGGAAAGAUGACGAAGAGGAUCAACACAAUGAUCCAGUGGAAAAUGGAGGACAUGGUCGUUUGUCUACUCUGGCAUAACCCAUGCAGCAUGUGGUUACUUUUAAGUUUAUUCGUUUUAUUUUACUUUUCCCGGUUCCCUUUGCACGAUCUUUGAACCAUUAACCUUUAUUAGCCUUUAGGUGGUGAAACUUUCUCAAUCUUCACCUUCAAUGCCAUCCAUCCUUCAUGAUGCUGAUUUGAUUUCAAGGCUUGGUAGUUAGGUUUGAUCUUUAUUGAUGAAAAAUAUCAUUGUGAGGUCGCAUAUUGUGAAUAAAGGAUCCGUGCAAUUUUGAGGUAUUCAUCUGUCAGAAUAGAUGAUCUCGCGUAGAUUAAUUUUUUGCAUACUUGGCUAGGUUCUUGCGUAUAUUUAAUAUAGUGUUACAGGAGAACUAGUGCCACAGAUAUGAUCAGACACAGAAAUGUUAGCAUACUUGGCAUCACUUACAAUAAGAUAGUUGAGGAUGAGCUACAUCGAUACUAUUAGGGUUGAGAACAAGGGUAUAAUUGACUUUGUUUGUUCAUCGCUCAUAUACACUCAAGGUUUUCGUUUGUGAAACCUGUCUAUACUUUUAUUAUUACGCAAGAGGAUUGGCAUACUUCAUCUAAUUUUUUGAGCUUUUAUCAUGUCCUGACUCUUUUUUUCCUACCUUGUUUGUCAAUUGUGUGUUUUUUGCCACCAGCAUCUACAAAGAAGAAAAAGAAGAAAAGUAAAAGCAAGUGAGUAUCUUUGUUGGAGUCACUGUAUUACGUUUUAUGUCUUUUGAGCAACUUGGCACUAGUUUUAUGGAUAAUUCAUGCGUUCUACAGGAAGCAAAAAGAACCUGUCCAGCAGACUGAUCCCCCAACUAUCCCUAUUGAUAUGCUGUUUCCUUCUGGGGAAUACCCCGAGGGUGAAAUUCAGUCCUACAAAGAUGAGUAAGUAUUUAGAUAGCUGAUUUAUUAGUUUUCCUACUCAUAUCAUCUUACCUUGAUUGUCACCUUUUGCUGGUACUACCGUUGUAAAAACUAAAAUAAAAAACAAUAUUCAUUAGCUUUUGUUUGAAACUUUGUAAGAAAAGACGUAAAAAAUUCAGUUGAGGGACACCUAAGCUCUGACUAAGCUGGUAAGCUGACAUCAUGGGUCCCACUAAGCCACCAGGGUCGCUGGAUUUACUUUCAGUUUCAUUAGCGUUAUUAGGAAGCUGUCAAAGAGAUUGAAUGAGCCUAUCGUGAAUCAGCUCGUUAGUAACAACUAAAUUACUUAUGAAAUUGUAUCAAGAAAAGGUUUAUAGGGAUAUGGAACCUUAUGAAAACAAUGAAUAUUAUUAUCUUGAUCAGAAACCCGUUACUUUGUUCUUCGAUUUUAUAUAUGUGGGAGAGUUAAUGGGCUUCAGCAGCUCAGGAAAACUUAGGCCGGGGGAUCUUACUUCAACUCCUAUUUCUUGUUUGGAGGGCAAUUCCUGGAUUUUAUAUGGAAAAAAUGUUUAGCUGGGGGCUUCAUUUGGAACAGAGCCUGAGCCUGACUCGAUUGUAUAUUGCUCAAGACUACAUUUAUCUUUCAAAAACAAAAAUGUAAAAACUUGAAAGAAGAUAUGAACCUGUCUGUCUGUCUAAGGAUGUUCUCAAAACUGAGCUGAUUCAUAUAUAGUUCAGAAGAGUGAGAUUGAAGCUUCUCACUUCAGCUUUGAAUUGUUCAACAGUUUUCAAAUGUAAAACCUAGGAGUCCCCUAUGCAGCACUUUGUUCUACCACUAGCUGAUGAAAUGGCUAUUUUUUCAGAUAUUUAUCUAUUUGCAUUUUUUUAUCCCUUAUCUCUAUUCGAGAAAUGAAACAUGUCAUUUUGUUAGCACAUUUAUGAUCGAAUUGUUCUUAGUUUUAUAAUUCUUUAUGUCAUUGAAUUAUAAAUCUUAGUUCAUAGCAUGUACUGUCAGUACUUGUAGAACAAAAUCUAUGCAGUUUUGGCUUCUGCUGUUGGUCACUUCUUUUGUGAUACAGCUGUUGUUAGUCAAUAUACCUUGAAUUUAUCCUCUUAAUUUUAAGGGACUUUUAUGUUCAACGUUUUCAUGAUCGCAUCUUCAACGUACAUAAUUUUGUUGUUUGGAAGAUCUUUUCAUUAUAAUUUUUCCUCUAGAAUCUUGUGGUCAGUAGCACACAAUGUCUUAGUACCCAGUGGGCGAGUGUACAUGUUUCUUUGCAUUUGUUUCCAGUUAUGUUUCCCAAACGAUUCAACUGAAUGUAUUCAAUUGUCCUUAGCUUGACUCUUAACUUUGUGACUUCCAUCUAGCAACCUAUGGAGGACAACCUCUGAAGAAAAGAGGGAGCUUGAACGCCUGCAGAAGCCUAUCUAUAACUCAGUUCGCCGUGCAGCAGAAGUUCAUAGACAGGUUUGAGCUUGGUUUUCCUUGGGUUUGAUGGGCAUUUCUUUUACCUGUUGAGACUAAUAAAGAAAUCGUGGAAUAAUGCUGAAACCUGAUUUACUUCAUCACACCAGGUUCGGAAGUAUGUCCGCAGUAUAUUGAAGCCUGGCAUGUUAAUGACAGACAUUUGUGAAACUUUGGAAAAUACGGUUCGGAGAUUAAUCUCAGAAAAUGGUCUUCAAGCUGGCAUCGCCUUCCCAACAGGAUGCUCUCUAAAUUGGUAAUGGUCUAAAUCGAAGCAUUUUCACACUAAGUUUCGUUUUUUCAGUCAGCUCCCUCACAACUCCAGACGAUGUUCUGCUCAGGGUUGCUGCCCACUGGACCCCAAAUACUGGUGACAAGACUGUUCUCGAAUACGAUGAUGUCAUGAAAUUGGAUUUUGGAACGCAUAUUGAUGGUAUUGUCUUGUAAAACACUUUUGUUUAUUUUUUUUUAUUUUUUUGUGUUUACUCUUAUUCAUGGUGUUGCUUACUUAGAUCUGAUUAGGAUGCUUCUCUCACUUAAUAGAAACUAAUUAGUUAUACCAACGAUAUUCUACUGAAAUCGUUUGGAGCGUUUGACAUUAUCCGAGAUUACUGAUCUUUGUAAUGAAUAAUAGUCUUAUUCGUUUUAUUUUUAUUCCGGUCAAUUUUUUUUCUGUUAUAAAAUUUAUUUAAAAACCUGUCAAAACGGGGACAAGAGUUGACCGUACUUUCCCCUGUGAGGGAGAUUCCAAAAUCUUAUCACCAAUGAAUCGAGAAUUGAAUCCCAGAUUCUUUGUACUGCUGUUGAUUGUUCUUCAGCCACCCAACUGUGCUUCACCCAGGAUAGGCUGCUCAUCAUCAAGGAAUUACGUCACAUAUGUUCUAGACUUCAUUCCACUUUAUGUGAUGAACAUAAUAUAUCUAUAAAUAAAUAUUUUUUUUAAUUUUGUUGCAGGAUAUAUAGUUGAUUGUGCCUUCACCGUGGCAUUCAAUCCCAUGUAUAGUCCAUUGCUCGAGGCUUCAAGGGAGGCGACAAACACGGGGGUCAAGGUACAAGUCCCCUUUUUUUUCUACAUGAUUUCCGAAAUAAAUGCAUUACCUGUUCUUGACUGCAAAAAGAACCACGAUCUCCUCUGCUCUCUUUGACUUCGUCUUCCUCCGUUGACCAGGAAUCUGGUAUAGAUGUGAGGCUCUGUGAUGUCGGCGCAGCGAUCCAAGAGGUGAUGGAAUCGUAUGAGGUUGAGAUCAAUGGGAAGGUAUUCCAGGGUAUGCUUCUCGGCCCCCAGCAACCAAUCGAUUCCAUGCUCUCUUGUGUUCUUGAAUCUGUCGUGACAAACUAUUAUUUAUUUAGUUAUUAUUAUUCAUAUUUGCCUGGUUCAUGCGACGGCAAACCAUGGCUCAUUUUAAUGCGUACUUUGGUCGAUGAUCAUUUUUUUCCUCCGAUAUUUUCCGGGGAAAUUAUAAUUGGUUGGUUUUUUUUUCUUCUUCCAGUGAUUUCAUGCUAGGAAGAGAGAGGUGUCAUCGACCUUAAAUUAUUUUUUUUUGGGUGAAUUAUAUUAUUUAUUAAUCCACCUUAGCUCGGUUUAUUUCGAUGGGAUGAUCAUUAAUGUCACGAAAAAUUACCAAAUAUUGCAGUGAAAAGCGUCAGAAACUUGAACGGCCACAGCAUCGGGCCCUACCAGAUUCAUGCUGGGAAAUCUGUUCCUAUUGUGAAGGGCGGAGAGCAGACGAAGAUGGAGGAAGGCGAGUUCUUUGCCAUCGAGACAUUCGGCUCCACAGGUACAUUACCCCAACGCCACAUAGAGAGAGAGAGAGAGAGAGAGAGAGAGAAGAGAGAGAAGUUGAUUUCGUAUAAUUUUGUUCUGGGCAGGGAAGGGAUUCGUGAGGGAAGAUCUGGAGGUGAGCCACUACAUGAAGAACUUUGACGUGGGGCAUAUUCCGCUGAGGCUGCCGAGGGCGAAGCAGCUCCUCACGACCAUCAACAAGAACUUCUCCACCCUCGCCUUCUGCAGGCGGUACCUGGAUCGCCUUGGCGAGACCAAGUACCUGAUGGCCCUUAGGAACCUCUGCGAUGCUGGCGUUGUUCAGGUCACCUCUCUCUCUCUCUCUACCUCUCUCUCUAACUCUCUCUCUCUCUCUCUAUCUACGUCUACUGAACUGCUUCUGCUUCUUAACGAUCACACAGCCAUACCCACCACUGUGCGACAUGAAGGGGAGCUACGUGUCACAGUUUGAGCACACAAUCUUGCUCCGGCCCACCUGCAAAGAGGUGAUAUCUAGAGGCGACGACUACUAG